UUUUCACCGAAGGUUGGUUUAAAUCGAAUCAUCAUGGCCCCGAAGCGUAAAGUGUCCGCGAUUGAAAAUGCCGCGAUCAAGAAGAAGGAGCUCCAAGAUGUGCUGACCCCUGUGGACCUCACGCCCAAGCAAUCAGGCUACGUCAACAAGCAGCGCGUGUUGGUCUUUGCAUCCCGAGGAAUCACCACCCGGUACCGCCAUUUUCUUGACGACCUUCGCAAACUGCUUCCGCAUCACAAGAAGGAUGUCAAGCUCGACGCCAAGGACACUCUGCAUGUCGUGAACGAGAUCGCCGAGAUCAAGGGUUGCAACAACACCGUGUUCCUUGAGGCGCGCAAGAAGCAAGACUUGUACAUGUGGGUGUCCCGCACUCCCACCGGUCCGUCGGCCAAGUUCCUCGUCCAAAACGUGCACACCAUGGACGAGCUCAAGAUGACAGGCAACGCGCUCAUGGGGUCCCGCCCGCUGCUCACGUUUGACGCCGCCUUCGACGAGACCGCGCACAUGCAGUUGAUCAAGGCGCUGUUCAUCCAAGUGUGGGGCACGCCCAAGGGCCACCCAAAGAGCAAGCCGUUUAUCGACCGCGUCAUGAGCUUCUACUUUGCCGAUGGCAAGAUCUGGUGCCGCAACUUCCAGCUCGCCGACGAAGCCGACACCAAGAAGCUGGAGCAGGCGGCGCUGCAUCGCGGCGAGGAGCUGACCAACCUCAUCGAGAUCGGCCCGCGCUUCGUCAUGACCCCUAUCCGCAUCUUUGACGGCAGCUUUGGCGGCGUGACUCUGUACCAGAACCCCAACUACGUGGCCCCCAACGAGACCCGCAAGACCGCCAAGUACGACAAGCGCGACAAGUACGUGACCCGGAAACUGGCCGAAGAUACCCGCGCGAGCCGCAACCAAGUGAACGUCCACCCCGAAGAUCAAUUCGCCGACGUGUUUGCCGGCGCGGAAUCCCCCUAAUAAGCUAACUAACAAAUCUGUUUAAUUUCGUAUUCCUA